GCCGUCGCAAGCGCUCUGGAGGGCGGUCCGCGUGAGAGCUAGCCACGCGGGGUAGGAGCGCCCAGUUGCCGCCAGAGCUGAGCCAGCCAGAACCUCUCCUGGAGCCCCUUGUCCUCCUUGAAUCUCCCUCUCCCACCCCUUUCUGGAUACCAUCAACGUCCACGUUGCUCCCCAGGGUUCCUCGCGUCCUUUCCCACCCCCACGCGAGGCGCCGCCCCUACUACCCAAGUCCCUGCUCAAGCCCACCCGGCUCCCGCGCGUGCCCAGAGCCAUGGCUGCAGUGCGCAGCGCAUCCCUGCUCUGUGGCCUCUUGGCACUGCUGGCUCUGUGCCCCGAGGGGAGCCCACAGACGGUACUGACUGACGAUGAGAUCGAGGAGUUCCUAGAAGGCUUCCUUUCAGAGCUGGAGACCCAGUCCCCGCCCCGGGAAGACGACGUGGAAGCCCAGCCGCUUCCCGAACCCACCCAGCGUGCCCGCAAAUCCAAGGCAGGGGGCAAGCCGCGGCCAGAUGCAGAAGUCCCUCCACAAAAGAACAAAGACAAAGAGAAGAAAGGGAAGAAGGACAAAGGCCCCAAGGCCACAAAACACCUGGAGAGCUCCACCAGGCCCACCAAGAAACCAAAGGAGAAGCCACCCAAGGCCACCAAAAAGCCCAAAGAGAAGCCACCCAAGGCCACUAAGAAGCCCAAAGAGAAGCCACCCAAGGCCACCAAGAAGCCUAAGGAGAAGCCACCUAAGGCCACUAAGAGGCCCUCGGCAGGAAAGAAGUUAUCAACUGUCGCCCCCUUAGAAACGCUGAAGCUGUCACUCCCCUCAGCCUCCAACCCUAGGCCCCAGGAGCUACCACAGGAGAGAGAAAGAACCUUCCCAAAUACCUGGCAGGGUCAAGGAGAGGAGACCCCGGUGGAGGACAGGCAGCAGCAGCCUGAGCCAGAGGAGGAGACUGAGAUGCCCACACUGGACUACAAUGACCAGAUAGAGCGGGAAGAUUAUGAGGACUUUGAGUACAUCCGUCGCCAGAAACAGCCCAGACCGACACCCAGCAGGAAGAGGCUCUGGCCAGAGCGCCCUGAGGAGAAGACCGAAGAGCCAGAGGAAAAGAAGGAAGUCGAUCCACCUCUGAAGCCCAUGCUGCCCCCUGACUAUGGGGAUAGCUACUUGAUCCCCAACUACGAUGACUUGGACUAUUACUUUCCCCAUCCUCCACCACAGAAGCCUGACGUUGGACAAGAGGUGGAUGAAGAAAAAGAGGAAAUGAAGAAGCCCAAAAAGGAGGGCAGUAGCCCCAAGGAAGACACAGAGGACAAAUGGGCUGUGGAGAGAAACAAAGACCACAAAGGGCCCGGGAAGGGCGAGGAUCUGGAGGAGGAGUGGGCUCCCGUGGAGAAAAUCAGUGAGUAGGGCUACGUGGAG